AUGCAUCACUGCAGCAGCUCAGGAGACUUCAAGGCUCGUUUGCAUCCUCACGUGAAUGCCUAAAGCAGUUUUCGGACGAAAAUCGUGACAAAACCAUACUGGUCCCUCUGACAUCCACCUUGUGCGUUCCUGGAAAACUUGUAGAACCCACACACGUACUCAUCGAUAUUGGAACUGGAUAUUUUGCAGAUGUGGUAUGUUACAAUCCAUGCGCGCCUUCAUGAUGGUUCUUUAGGAAGCCAAAGAUGCCGCGAAACACUUUACGAGGCGCAUCGACUUUAUCGAUAAGCAAAUCGAAAAAAUUGCUCCAGUGUUGGCCCAGAAGUCACAAGAACACAAAAGCCUGUCGGCGGUCCUCGAAGCGAAAAUGCAAGCCGUCAUGAAAGCCCAAACAGCCAAAUCCUGCACAUAG